AUGUACUUGGCCGUUUCCACUAGACCAGAUAUGGCGCAAGCCCUUAACGUACUUGCUAGAUUCUCCGAAAAUCCUCAAAAUGUGCAUCUGACUGCUGCAAAACACUUACUCGCCUACUUGAAAGGGACAACAACGUAUGGCCUCUGCUUUGAUGCCAGUCAACCGGAUAACCUGCUGGGAUAUGCAGAUGCGGAUUUUGCUGGAGAUUUGGAUGGACGCAAAUCAACCUCAGGAUAUAUUUUCACCAUAUGUGGAGGACCUAUUGCCUGGUCGUCUAGACUUCAACGAAGCAUCUCUCAAUCCACUACAGAGGCAGAAUUUGUCAGUCUAAACGAAGCUACCAGGGGAGCGGUAUGGCUGAAACGAAUACUGACAGAACUUAACUCAAGCCAUACUGAGCCAAUCGAAAUACGCUGUGACAAUCAGGAACAACAACAGAAGCGGUCCAUCAAUGUUGUCUUCGUUGGAACCAAGUAUCAGCUCGCAGAUGGUCUUACAAAGGGACUACCACGUCCACGACUCCAGGAAUUAUGGACACAAUUAGGAGUAACUAAACUCAUGGAGCUAGUUGGAGAACCGAGCAGCUCUCAGUCUGAGUAG